AUGACACACUGGUGUGCACGGAGCAGAGGGGUGUACUUUGUGAGGGAGGAGAUCAAGCAGAAAGAAAUGCUUUCCAACAACACAACUCCCCACAUUUCACCCUUCAAACCCAAACCUGCUGGAUCUCCUGGUUUCUACGCUCUCAUCCCCAUUGUACUACUCAUACUGAUUGGAUGUGUGGCGGCAGUGGUUUGUUAUUUCAGGAGGAGGUCAAGAUUAGACGAGAUGCGCCAUCGGCUGAUUCCUCUGUACAACUACGACCCCGCAGAGGAACAAGAUGAGUGGGUCGACACCAGCAGGGAGGAGGAGGAGGAGCUGGCUGAACCUUUGUUUAAAGUGGGAAAGCUCUCCUUUUCAUCAGUCUAUGGAACAUGAACAGAAAACGAAGAAA